CUCCAAUCACCACCAAAUACAUCCAAUUCAUUCUCUCCAAGAUGUCCGGAUUCCCAAGUCUUCAACCCGCUUUCACAGUGCGAGUACGUCUUUCUGUCCCUCGUGCCCCUCUCCCCUCACCUUUCCAUACAUCAAUAUGCACAUCACCUGAUCGUCCAUACAAAAUACAAACCCCCAAGAAACCACAAGAAAAGAACAAUUGAUUGACUGACGGUUGUUCGUGAAAAUAGGUAACCAUCGAUGCUCCCAUCGCAACAGGAGCCCAGCACGGCUCGCCGCUGGUGAUCGUGCCAAUGGUGUCUGGAUCGGUGAAGA